AUGGUCCAAUUCGGUCGCAAUCCAAAUCCAGGCACCAUUCUACAAGCAGGCAGCUUCCUUGCUGAAGAACUUCCCAUCCGACUCGCACAUCGUGUCAAGGAGCUCGACGAACUUCCACAUGACCUCUCCAAGAUGUCCUCGAUCGUCAAGGUCAAGAAUUGGUAUGCGCAGUCCUUCGAAGAGCUUGUCAACUUUCCCAAACCACAACUCUCUGAUUCAGUUCAAAAGCUGCUGCAAAAUGCUUCGAGGAACGCAGAGCCUCUUCCAGAGUCCAAGCCAAAUCCGAGUCUGCUCGAGUCAGCGACCAUCAGCGACAGCGAAAAUGGCCUUGCCAAAGCACUUGUGCCCAAGAACAAUGGAAACGGCAAGAAUGGCAACGGUUCAAGAUCAAGAGCACUGCUCGAACACCGCUACUAUGCCAACCUUCCGGAUCACCAGUGGCCUAGCGAGAUCGAGCAGUACAACGAGGAUUUCACGAAAGCACUCGAAAAGAUCAAAAAGAGGCACGAUGCCGUCGUUACCACUAUUGCACAGGGUGUGCUUGAAUACAAACGUUCAAGAAAGGCCAACACGCUCCAAGCUGACGUGCAGGCCUUCUUGGAUCGUUUCUACCUCUCGCGUAUCGGCAUCCGUAUCUUGAUUGGACAGCACAUCGCCCUCAGUCGAUCAUCACAGCGACCUUCCUCCAAACUGAUUGGUAGCGGCGGCAGCUCCAGCAACAGCGGCGACUACUCGCUGUCCGAUCAGAUCGCUCGUGUCAAGGUCGAUGGCAACCAGGAGCACGAGCAGUACGUCGGCAUAAUCUGCACCAACACCAACGUCGGCGCCAUGGCACACGAAGCUAUUGAGAAUGCAAGAUUCGUCUGCGAGGAGCACUACGGACUCUUCAAGGGUCCACCUGUCCAGCUCGUCUGCCCACCAGAUCUCACGUUCAUGUACGUGCCAAGCCACUUGAACCACAUGCUCUUUGAGCUGCUCAAGAACUCGCUCCGUGCCGUAGUGGAGCGGUACGGGGUUGAUCAGGAGGACAACUUCCCACCCAUCAAGGUCAUCGUCGUUGAAGGCAAGGAGGAUAUCACGAUCAAGAUCAGCGACGAAGGAGGAGGAAUCCCACGCAGCGAGAUGCCACUCGUAUGGACCUACAUGUACACCACCGCACAGUCAGAAGACUUGGACCCCGAGUUCAACGCGUCCGACUUCAAAGCGCCAAUGGCUGGUUUCGGUUACGGUCUGCCGCUGGCACGUCUCUACGCACGUUACUUCGGUGGUGACCUGAAGCUGAUCUCAAUGGAAGGCUACGGAACGGAUGUCUACCUGCACCUCAAUCGACUCUCUUCGAGUAGCGAGCCGCUGCCGUAG